AUGCGUCCGUGGCCUUUGAGCCUGCUUUGCCUGGUAGGCGGCCAGGAGGCGCCGUGCAGCUGUUGUUCCAGCUGCGGCUGCGCCUGCGCCGCGAGCUGCGCAGGCUAUCGCGCUCCGGGCUGUGCCGGAGCGCCCGACUGCCUGGAAUCGUCCGUCUGGGGUAACUCCCGAUACACCGAGGAGGAGUGGUGUGGGCAGCCUCGGGUGCGCGAGCUCACUACGUGCCGCUGCUGCGGCGAGUGUGGCUGCCCGUGCGCAAACAGAUGUCCCGGCUACAAGGCCUUUGGAUGUGCCGGGGCAAGCAACUGUGAGAUGUCCGCCGUCGGGCAAAGCGAUCGCUAUACCGAGCAGGAAUGGUGCGGCCUCGGCCUUCCCCACGACGCUCCCGCCGAGGAACCAGAAGAGGUCAUGGCCAGGGCGCGCCUGGCCCUUCGAUCGACGCUGGCGAGCAUGGUUUGGCCCAGCGGCUGGUGA